UAGUGUUUCUAUAACCGGAAAUGACGCCACAAGUUUGCGAUCGGGGGUCUUGUGGUGAGAGGAGAAGCCAGUUGAUCUGAGCCAUCUUUUACCUGCUCAACACCUUAACUAGUCAAAUAUCCACUAUUGCUGUAAUGGUUUGAUCAAAGCAGCGUAUCCUAAUCCCGCGAGAGGAGUUAAACGGUACCUCCAAAGCGACGGAGCAGCCAGCGAGACAUCGAGUGUCGGAACGAUGUCCAGCCGUCUGGCCUUUCAGACCCAGCUGGCCUCCAUCAUGGAGGUCCUGGCUAACGCAGCAGUGGCGGAGAUCUGUAAGCUGGUGGACGACGACUAUGCGGUGGUGAGUUUACAAAUGUCUCAGUGUCAGAGAGAGAACAAAGCCCUGAAAAGAAAGCUGCAUCUGCUGGAGCUUAAGAUGGCUCGAGGAAACGCCGAGAGGAGACUCCGGGAAAGCGCCUUGAACAGCAGCCGACCGAGGGUGCAGAUAAACACCAGCGACAGGCUCCGGGAGUCCUCACCUUCCACCGAUGGUGCGUUUGAGCGGCAGAUGGAUGUGGAUUUGUGGCCUGGCAGAGCUGCAGCAGGAGACUCAGCUAGUGAGCUGAUUCUCUCUGACAACAUCCAGAGUAAGUCUCCUGAUGUGGAGCUGGUGGAGCCAGAGGCGGUGCUUGUGAAGGAGGAGAAGAUGGAGGCAAGCACGUCACGAGUUGAAGAAACGCAUCUUAUAGGUGAUGAUGGAGUGGUGGAGUGCAUCCCUUGUGGAGCUGCAGGUCAGAGACCCACCAGUGAACAGCAGGACGCCCAGUUCCCUUCUAGCCAGUCCCAGUCCCAGAUGCAGAGCAGCAGGACGAGGUGUUCCGGCAGCACCAGCAGCAGAGGAGUGGAGAAGGAGGAGGAGCCAGAUGUGGUGCUGGUGAAGGUGGAGGAGGUGGAGCCAGUGACCGGGGCUCAGAGUCGGACAGGCCUCAGCAUACAGGAGGGGCUGGUGGAGUCCAGCACUGAUGAUUACAGAGCAGCUCUGCCAUUUGAUGAAACCACACAAACCUCCGCCAACCAGCUGUCUGACCUGCAGGAGUCUGGCCGGGGCUUCUCAGAGUCUGCAGCACCUCAGUCGUCCCUCGUAACAUCACAGGACCCCAGCAGUAUAGUGGCUGUCCAGCUGAGGGUACCAGACUCCAACACGCCGGCCAGCUCCAACACACAACAACAGCAGAGAUCAACUAACCAUAACCCUCUCAGCUCUGAAUACUCUUUGUUUGAACUGGAGACAUUCUUCACCCGCUGGGCCCCUGAUAAUGACUCUGUGUCGGCCCCUGGGGGCCCUUCAUGUUCUUUCACCACUAAUGACUCAGCAGAAUGUGAUCAGGAUGGAGUUAUUAUUGUAGAAGCUGCACCACAAGCUCAACAUGUGCUUCAGCCACCACAAGGCGCCUCAGCAGUGAGGAUGAGUGGAGGUCAGAGUUGCUCGUCUGCGUCUGAACGCUCCGGAGCUCACAUCCAGCCAUUGGUGUCACAGGCCUCGUCAGCAGGGACGUCUGUGUCCUUACCUUUGAGGAUGCAGGCUCCAUCUUCCCAGCCUCCGUGGAGCAGAACAUCAGCCAUGAUAAGAAGUGCACAAGCUCUGCGGCGGCAGCAGCAGCAUCGUAACAGCAGCACAGUCUCUCAGCAUCAGCACAGCAUUUCCCCUGGACAGGACUCAAUGUCUUCCACCACAGCUGUUGUCAGACAUACCAACAGUGCUGAUAAAACCAGCAUCUCUGGUAUCAGCUCGACAAGUAAGACUGCGAGCUCCACUGUGGCUCCACAGUCAGCUUUACCUGUCAGGGGAACCACGGCUUUUGCCAGCAUUGGGGUGGCCAUUGCUGCACAGCAUCAAGCCAAUCUUCUGGCUCACCAUAACAAAAGCAAGGCUGUCAGCAUUGUGCCUGGUGAGCGCCGCAGGAAGAGCUACGUAUGCCGAGCCUGUGGCAAGGCUUUCUCCGGCCUGUCCAAUCUGGAAGCCCACGAGAGAGUCCACACAGGAGAGAAACCUUUCCGCUGCGAUACCUGUGGGAAACGCUUCUCGGAGGCAGGGAACCUGAAGAAGCACCAGAGAGUUCACACUGGGGAGAAACCCUUCAGCUGUGACCAGUGUGGGAAGAGGUUCGCUUGGAUCUGCAACCUGAGGACACACCAACAGUCUGCCACAGGCUGUGGCCUGCAGGCCAGGGGAGGGUUAGGUCUAGGCUGAUCACACAGCAAAGACUGUGGAUGACAGGAUUUCUAAAGCUGGUGGUGUUUUAUUCACAUGCACAAAGGCACGUUGCUGUGUCCUCAUUCUUAAAGAGUAAUUUGGCAGCAAUACAGAGUGCGAAACAGUUGCCAUGUUUACUUAUUCUGUCUUAUUGUGUUCAGCUAUUAACUCUUACUUGAAUUCAAUUCAGUUAACAAGUUAUCUCAUGACACUUUCCAAGUAGAGCAGGUCUAGGCCAUACUCUUUAAUUAAAUUUAAAAGUACAGUUCACCCAAAAAUGAAAAUUCAGUCAUCAUCUAUUCAAACCCCCAUACUGACAGGUGACGUUUCUUCAUCCACAUUUCACAGCAGUUUCACAGCAAAACAGCAUUGCAGAAUUCUCUUAAACAGCUGCAAAAGGACUUGUUUUAAAAUGUAAAAAUUCAGCAGAAAAAAAAACAUCAAGGGGUCCAUAUAGCUUGUUUGGCAUAAUCACAGUUCUCAGAAGCCCAGAGAUCCCAAAGUGAUUCGGAAGGAUGUAAUUUACGUCCUUUUCUAAGCUGAAAUCUUCCAUCAACAAGCACUCGUUAUGUCUGCAUAUCUCAGCGUUUCCCUGCUAACAGGAAGCUUGCGUCACAUCUCAUUUGCAUGUACACAUGUUCAAGCUUCAGACGGCAUGUGUACCUUAUAUUAAUUCCAACCUUUUGUCCAAAUAGUUUAUGUUGUUUUAAAGUUUUGAACGUGUUGCUCUAGGAAGUCAGCAAUACAAUACCAUGCAACAACAAUACAAACCUAUACAGCACCACACAGGAGAGACACAAACCAGACAAGAUGGUCACUGUGAUUCAUUUUUCUGGUGUCUUGUUAGAUGUCAGAGAGAGAUGCCUUGGGAAAUCGUUGGUAGAAAUGUCAUUUACACUUGACUUGUGCUAAACGGGGUAAAUGUUGCCUGGUCUUUCAGUUUCUUCUAAUUUGUUAACAUUUGCAGAGGAUCAAAGGGAAAGAAAUUUUCCUGGAGUGUUUUUGAUAGUGCCAGUCAAUGCCAAAAUCUUGUCAUAAGGAAUAUUAAAAUGACAUUGAAUUUACAAGAGUUCAUAAUUCAUCAUGAUGUACUUCAUUACUUUAACAAGUUCUAGACAUUAAUAUAAUGACUGUAAGCACAUGUGAUCAAUGUCCUUGCAAUUAUCUACAUCAAAACGCAAUUAUGCCUUCUAACUGAAAACAAAAGAUGCCAGGAAGUAGCUUUUAGGGCUUAUAGUAAAUGCAGUCUCACUCUUUAAAGGCACCAGCACUAAUAACUCCACAGUCAUUACGUUGUUACUUUAUAUGAUCACAAUUUAUCUGACAGUGAUGUACUGAUGUGUUCAAGGUGCUACUUCAAAAUGAUGUUUUGUCCUUUUAUUUUUUUCCUGUCUCUAUAUGUCCUACCACAUCAUAAGACGUUUUCCCCACCAAGGUUUUGGAAGCUCUGGUGGAAUUGAUUUUGUAUUCUGAAUACAUUAAAUAUAUUUUGUUAAUAUGUACAAUAAACAUUUUAUGAGGUACAAUGAAAGAA